AUGCGAAUCCCACACUUCUGGCAAGCUCCAUCGCGGGCCAACCCCCCAUACGUGGCCAUUGCCAGACAGACAUACUCGACAACUUGGCGUGGAUGCGUCGGGCGUCCUGUUGGCCGUGGAUGCCUGUGUUCGUAUUCGACCAGACCGCGACAUGGUUGCUCAACCAAGCAAGUGACUCUGCCGCUAGGCCUCCCCACAGCGCGAAUGGUGUGUCAGUGCCGUUUGCUUGCUCGAUGGAUCGUAUUUUUCGCUAGGGGGCGCGGACCUCUCGUUCGAACGGGGAGAGUGCAGUGUGUACGACUUUGCAUCACGUCAAGCGUACGGCAGUCGACCUUUGGAUACGUGCGUGACGUCCGCUGUGUCCGGAUCAAGUGCAAACUCACAAAGUUAAAGCCGUGGAUGCGUGACGACGUGGAGGAAUGCAUGGUGGGGAAGCCCACCGACCGCAACGUUGCCCCCGUGGCGAUGAUGCAAUUUGACACGGCCAUGGCGUUGGUGGAAACCUUGAUCAACACAGCCAUGGACGAGUCUUUGGGCUCCAGCUAG